GAUUAGCUUUAGCUUUGUUACUUUAAAUACUACCUUUAAAAUGGGAAUUAUAAAAUUUAUUUUUAAAUUUAGGUCUGUCAUUGAGACCGAAGUAUGUCUGUAUGAAAACACAUCUUGCAUAAAUUCUGUUUUCAUACAAGAUAAGAUAAUGGUAUCUAAUCUAGUUGUAAGGAAUAACUACCUACCAACUGCAAGGAUUUUGGUCACAUGAGUGUUUGUGCUGUCAAGUGAAUAGUGAGUAAAAAUGAGAACCAAAAUAGCAAGCAUUUAUAUAGGAUUUUUUACUAUUCUAGUGACUGGAAUAAUUUUGUUUUAUCUACUGACUGGAAGAGGAGAAGCUCUUAGUAUAGCAUGGUUCCUUGAAGAAACUAGUCCAUAUAUGUGGGCUAGUACAGGAAUUGGACUCUGCGUGGGAUUAUCAGUGGUUGGAGCUGCUGUAGGAAUUUAUACAACUGGUGCUAGCAUCAUUGGUGGAGGUGUAAGGGCACCACGUAUUAAAACCAAGAAUUUAAUUUCUGUUAUUUUUUGUGAAGCUGUAGCAAUUUAUGGAUUGAUAACAGCAAUUGUUCUGUCUGGAACAACAGCUCUUGAGGAAACUGAAGUAACAAAUGAGCUAAUACAUUCUCGGAAAAUGAUGGCAGCAUAUGUAACCUUUGGUGCUGGCUUGUGUGUUGGGUUGGUUGAUUUGUUCUGUGGACUAUGUGUAGGAUCUGUUGGAUCAGGAGCAGCUAUAUCAGAUGCUGCCAAUUCCUCACUCUUUGUAAAAAUACUCAUUAUAGAAAUUUUUGCUAGUGCCAUUGGCCUGUUUGGUUUGAUUGUAGGUGUUUAUAUGACUUCCAGGAUAUAGCAAGGAAAAUGCCAAAAGUCAAAGCUAAUUUAACACAGGAACUCAUGUGAUAGUCAAAGAUCAAUAAGCUUUCUGUUGUAUUAUGAAAAUGUGCAACUUAACAAUUGCAGGCACUUAUACAGCUGUGUAGUUCAAUGUUCCAUUGUAUUUCUUGUCUACUCAUAUUACAUAAUAAAAAACUAAAAUUCUAGUA